CUCGCCGCGUCUCUCUCUUGCUCGCUCACUGCGGCUGCGGGCUGCAUCCAUCGCGGAGGAAGCCGAAGAAGGGAGCCGGGAGUCGCAGUCCCAGCCCGCUUCGCUCCCGGGGCAGAUGCAGGCCAUCAAGUGUGUGGUGGUGGGAGACGGGGCUGUGGGGAAGACCUGUCUGCUAAUCAGCUACACGACCAAUGCCUUUCCUGGAGAAUAUAUCCCCACGGUGUUUGAUAAUUAUUCUGCCAAUGUCAUGGUGGAUGGAAAACCAGUAAAUCUGGGGCUGUGGGAUACAGCAGGACAAGAGGACUAUGACAGACUGCGACCUCUUUCCUACCCACAGACAGAUGUUUUCCUGAUCUGCUUCUCAUUAGUGAGCCCAGCCUCUUUUGAAAAUGUCCGAGCCAAGUGGUAUCCAGAGGUUCGACACCACUGCCCCAAUACCCCAAUCAUCUUGGUGGGCACCAAGCUGGACCUGAGGGAUGACAAGGACACCAUUGAGAGACUACGUGACAAGAAACUGGCCCCCAUCACCUACCCUCAAGGCCUAGCUAUGGCCCGGGAGAUUGGUUCAGUGAAAUAUCUAGAAUGCUCCGCCCUUACACAGCGAGGCCUCAAGACUGUCUUUGAUGAAGCCAUCCGUGCUGUGCUUUGUCCCCCACCUGUGAAGAAGCCUGGCAAGAAAUGCACUGUGUUCUAAGGGCAUAUGAGUUCAGCACGUUAAUGAGUGUCUUCUCCUUGUGCGUUCGAGGAGGGAGCAUUCUCUGGGUGUUCCCGCAAAGGGAGAGGCGGGGCCCUUCAUCAUGUACGAAGUCAGUGUUUUUUAAAUGUCUCUUUGAUUUAACGUCUGUGUCAAUGUAAAAAGGGCCGCAUGGGAGAAAGAAGAGAUUGAUGCUGUCCCACCCCAGGGUGCAACAGUGGGAGGGGCAUGCUCUCCAUGACUCCAUGCCAGGGGGUAGCGUGUGAAUGGAAAGAGCAGCCCUUUAUACUACUUCAGUUGGUGCUAAAGCACUGUGGUGGGGAUGGAAAGACAAAUGAGACACAGGUUGAAGGAACAUCCAUUAGUGCAAGACACUAGCUAAGCAGCUUUAGAUGGCACGGAGCUGUCUUUACCUUCCAGGGCAUCAGCUUGUGAGCUGCUCCGGAGCUGGUUUACUGACCAUCAGCCCACCCAAAUAUGGGGAGGAGGAAAGUCGCUUUACCUUGCCCUGUCUGGGCAGGACCGGGCUGUGUGGCAGGAGCCUAAGAUGAAAAAGGAAGCAGGCGGGAGGGUGAUGGCCAAUCCCUUCCUUUGGUCAGUUGCAAUGGAUUGGGGAUGGAGCAGGGAGAGCUUUGGAGGAGUCAGGGUGGAAACAGGUCCAGUUUUUAAUCAUCGUGUAGAGUGAUGAGCCAAACACUUCUUAUUUUAUACAAUAAAACAUUUCUCCAUAAGUAA